AUGACCAGCACGCCCAUGGGCGAGCCCACCAAGACGGACAACAAUGACAUCGACCCCGUUGGCCUCACGGACGCGGCCGCCUUGCUUCGCCCAGACGUGGCUGCCGCCCAGGGGAGCGCCCACGUCUCCAGUCCAAAUGCCUCUUCCAACGCCCCGGCCAUGACCUCGUCCUCGCCCUCGCCCUCGCCCUUGUCCUCGGCUGCCUCCACCACUCCCACUCCGACGCCCGCCCCAGCACAACCAAACAGGCUGCUGCCCUCGCCCAUCCCGCCGCCCUCGUCCUCGUCGCUGCACUCGCACCCGCACUCUUUCCAGCGCCCCCAGUCCCGCAUCAGCGCCGUCUCGGGCGUCUCCAAGGACAGCCACGACGGAGGCCCCGCCCGGAAGAGCCAGUCGUACUCCAUCUCCAGCACUCCGCGCACCCUGGCGUCCUCGAACCGAAGCCUGACCGCGAGCGCGGAGAACAGGGAACGCCAGCGUGCUGUACGCUCACUGCCUCCUUGGGUCCAGUCUGCCGAAGACGAGGACGAUGCCGAUGCCACCUCUUUCCUCCUGCCGAGGACGCCCACCACGGUCCGCCAUGCAACCCACAACUUCUGUCCAACGCCAAAGUCAAACGUCCCGGGUCGCAAGUUUGACCAUGUCCGCGAAGGCGCUCCCGUCACCCUUGGUACCCCCGUUAGCGACAGUGCUCCCAAGUGGAAACAGUUCACCCAGGGCUCCAACCUCGACCGCCCCAUCUCGUCACGCGGCCAGAUUGUAGACGACGAUUGGAUGAGGGAAAACAUGCCCGACCUCGAGCAAAAGUGGGAGCCCAUUGGCGAGAGUGCGCCCAAGGAACAGAUCAAGGGCUUCUGGCUCUUUACAUCAGAGAAAAGAAGGCGCGCCCUUGUUCGUUUCCACAACACCGUGAUGAACCAUCCCAUGGUCCCUGCCGUGAUCCGUGCCUUUGUGCUCAUCUUUUCCACCCUCGCCCUCUCUCUAGCAGCCUCCAUCUACCGUCACUCCGACAACAAUGGAUGCAGCAACAACUCGUCGACAUGGAUGGCCAUCCUUGUCGACAUUGUAGCAAUCAUCUACACGCUCUACAUCACCUACGACGAGUACACGUCGAAACCCCUCGGACUGCGUUCACACAAUGCCAAAAUGUCGUUGAUCUUUCUCGACCUGGCCUUUAUCGUCUUCGAGUCUGCCAACCUUAGUUUAGCUUUUCAGGCCCUCACUGAUGAGAAAUGGGCAUGCGUUGAAUCCGGCAGCGAAAAUGCUUGCCCUUACAGAAUGAGCAUCUGUGAGAGACAAAAGGGCCUGACGGCCACGCUCUUCAUUGCCCUCAUUGCGUGGAUUGCCACAUUUGCUAUUAGCACCCUAAGGUUGAUCCACCGUGUAGCAAGGUAG